CUUUUCUCCUUCCCUCUCGUGCAUUUUACUCCCUCCUCAUCCGCUUCUCUCUUUCUCAAACGCUCUCUUCUCUUGAGUCAGCUCAGGACUAGCGCAGACAUACUGAGAGCUACACAGCCUCUGUCAAUGGCUACAAAAGUCUAUGUUGUCAUCAAGCAUUGAAAGAUUAUCCCAAUGAUAACAGCCUGGAAAUAAAGUCAAUAAAAAAAAUUUACUAUUCCAUGUACGGACAUGUUGCAAAACUUGCUGAAGAGAUAAAGAAAGGAGCUGCAUCAGUUGAAGGAGUGGAAGUGACACUGUGGCAGGUACCUGAAACACUGUCAGAAGAUGUUCUUGGGAAAAUGGGUGCACCACCAAAGAGUGAUGUACCUAUCAUUACUCCAAGCGAGCUAACUGAGGCUGAUGGGGUUCUUUUUGGUUUCCCUACUAGAUUUGGAAUGAUGGCUGCACAGUUUAAGGCAUUUAUGGAUGCAACUGGGGGGCUAUGGAGAACACAAGCGCUUGCGGGCAAACCUGCAGGAAUUUUCUACAGCACUGGUUCUCAGGGAGGUGGACAGGAGACCACUCCGUUGACUGCCAUCACUCAGCUUGUUCACCAUGGAAUGAUCUUUGUUCCCAUUGGAUAUACAUUUGGAGCCGGCAUGUUUGAGAUGGAGAAAGUGAAGGGUGGCAGCCCUUAUGGUUCAGGAACCUACGCUGGGGAUGGUUCCAGACAGCCUUCUAAGCUAGAGCUUGAGCAAGCUUUCCACCAGGGAAAAUACUUUGCUGGCAUUACAAAGAAAUUCAAGGCAACUGCUUGAUUUUUAUUUCUCAUCCAACUUGUCUUGAUCUUGCUAUAUAUACCCUUAAAAAUUUUAUUCCGUUCCUAAAAAAGAUUUCGGUUCAUGUUCUUGUGAAGAAUAACGUGCCUUUUGGAUUAUAUUGUUGCCAUGAGCUUACUGUUGUUCCAUAAUUACAAAGGCAUCUAUUAUUGCAAAAUUA